UUAAGUGAAUUGUGCUCUCUUACGUCACGGGCGUUGCUAUAUGAGGCGUAUCGAAAAUGAUCAAUAACCACAAGUGUCAUGUGACGCUUAGUUCAUUUAUUAAUGCCAUGUCAUUUAAACAGAAGCGUAAUUUGCAUUAAACAUUACUCACUUUUAAAGACUUUGUAGUGCAUUAUUAGGAAGCCUGUAUAACUUAUAACAGUGUUUAAUGACUUUGUGGUGCAUUAUUAGGAAGCCUGUCUAACAGUGUUUAAUGACUUUGCAUGUAAAAGUCAAAGGAUAGAGAAAGGUAGACUGGGUGAAUACUAUUUAACUGUGUUAUUUGCGCAGUGUAAACUGUGAGAGUGUUGUGCACAACAAUUUAUUGAAUUGAUCAUGAUUUCUGUAGGAUAUUUGUACAACUUCCAGAGAAAGCUUUUUAAGGAAUCUAAAUCUUUAGCACCUAAACAGUUUUGGAUCUAUUACAGUUACAGCCACGCUUUGUAAACAGUGACGUCACAAAAGACUUUCAUGAGUUGUACUAUAUGUAAUAUAUAUUCAUUUUAUUCUCUUUCAAUGAUCAAAUCAAAUGAGCAGGUUAACAAAUCUUUAAUGACCAAAUCAUGGAACGUUAUGGGUGGUUGUUUACAUUUGUUAAGUGUGGCGCCCACCAACACCCGUUAACAAACCUAUUGGGGUUUCUCCAGAUAGCACGCUGACACUUUAUUGAAAAUUGUAAAAAGUUUUCCACGACCCCGGGCAACUGCCCUACCUGCCAUAUCCUAGGCAUGCCAGUCACACAGUCUAUAAAUCAUUACCAUGUCUAUAAAUCAUUAUCAGGUCUAAAAAUCAUUACCAUCUCUUUAAACCAAUGUCAUGUAUAUUAAUCAAUCCAUGUCUAUAAAUGUCUAAUGUCAGUAUAAGUAUUGUAUACUAAUUCUAUCCAGUCUGUGUCAUGUAGACUAUUUGUAUUAUAUUUUAUUCUAAAACCAGUAUUCAAAAAGUUAUGAACAGAAUCUAAUAUAUGAAUACCAGGUACGGUACAUUAAAUAAAAUGCCAGACAGGCAUAACUCAAUGUUUUACAACGAGGGUCCUCUUUUGGUAAUAUGGUACAAAUAGAUUUCAUUUAGGGGCAGUGUUCCGCAGCCUUUUUCACCAAAGGCACACCAAACCAAGGCUCUCCCCAGACACCAAACCAAGGCUGUCCCCAGACACCAAGCCAAGGCUCUCCCCAGACACCAAACCAAGGCUCUCCCCAGACACCAAACCAAGGCUCUCCCCGACACCAAACCAAGGCUCUUCCCAGACACCAAGCCAAGGCUUUCCCCAGACACCAAACCAAGGCUUUCCCCGCGGCACUCCACACAUAAAAUCAUACAAAGGAUUAGUUUGACAUUUGGUUUAAAAUUUAGCUGCUAAUCAUUUAUUAUUAAAAAUUUUCUAAGAGUACCGGUAAAAAAUUUGUCAUGUCUCUUUGGAAAUUCAAGGAUAUAAUUCUUUGACUGGAGAAACAGUCAAAUGGGAACUUCCUAAAUUCAAGAUAUUCCACAAAAACUGAAAGGAAAUCUGUUGUGUGAAGAUUUGGAACUUAAUGUUAUGCACAAGUCUUGAGAGAUCUCCAUUUGAUGGUUAUUUAUUAACUGUAUAGAUUUAAUAUGGGUAUUAGAGGUAAUCUUCCAAUUUCUUUUGGAGCAUGUUAACAAAAAUCAAUCUAAUAUUCCCUGCUUUUGCAUGUGUCCUUGGAGUAACUUUGUUCACAAGAGGUUCAGUUUCUCUUAGAAUCCAACUGAUUGAUGAGAACAUUUUAUUCAGUAAUCUCAUUACGGCUUUGUGUUCUCGUUGGUUGUUUUUUUUAAAUUUUCUUCUUCUUUUUUUUCCAGAUGUUACAACAAGGAAUCCUCUGUGCAAUUUUGCCUGCCAAGUGAUUAACUAUACUAUAAGGAGCGGGUGAUGUUAUUCAUGUAUGUUUGAAUUGUUUGAUUAACCCUUUACAUUCCAAUGCAACGAUUGUUUCCUUAAGCUUGGGCGCUGGGAGUAGUAGACAAGGGUGAAUAGGCUUGGACUGUAAAGGGUUAAAAUAAAAUUGACUGACCUCAAAUAAUAUUGGGACGUUACGUGGGAGAGUCAACGUAUAUUUGUGUGAAACAAUGAUUUAUUUUGAACCCUUUGUAGUUAAUUCAACCAAAAUUGUAUACUGCUUGCUCAACUCUCCGCCAUUGUUGUUUUGCUGUCUAAACAGAAAAAGAAAUCUGCUAAAAAUUAAAAUCUACUAAAACUAGUACAUUGCUAAAUAGUAUUCAAUUUCAAGAGAAUAAGAAAGCAAAAAUUUUGGUCCAAAAUAAAAAAAAGUAAUGGAAAAAUUACUUAUUAAAGAAAAUUUAAUCGAUUAAUGGAAUAAUUAAUUGUUAAUUUUUGCCCUAAAAAAUAAUAAAUCAACUCAGCCGCCAUAGGCCUAAUAUAUUGGCUACCAUAUUAUUUUUAAUGUAAAUAUUCAUUAAGUCAAGGAUUUUAUUUUUCCUUUUGUUUCCCAAACAGAUGCCAAUCUAAAAAAUUGUGGGAGUAGAAGACAUACCAAAACACAAUGCCGUACAAACCGAAGUUAGCUGCCUUGGUUUUACAAAGUCUGGGAAAGCUUCAAAUGACAGACGAGAAGCUCAGUGACUUGCAAAUAAGAAUUGACAAUAGAAAGUUCCACUGUCAUCGAUUCCACAUGUGCGCAUGUUCUGAGUUCUUCCACAUACUUCUACGUACUGCAACUGAAAAAGGCGAUACAAUGCCAGUAGUCAUACUUACCAUCAAAGGUAUCGAGCCUGACACCUUUGAAAAUAUCCUCGGUUCCAUCUACAGAGCUGAGAACAACCUCACAGAACAGAACAUGAUUGACUUGUGGCAUGCGGUCAGCGAUCUUCAGAUCAACUUUCUUGUCUCCGAGUGUGAAGAAUUCAUUAUGAACAAAAUAUCUCUGAGUAAUUAUCUGAACAUUUACGAAAGCGCCGUGCUGCUGAAGUCAGAGAGAGUCCUGAAGUCAAUUUACCCAUUUCUGGUGAAACAUUACAGGGACUUUAUAAGAUCUCAAACGUUUGUCGCCAUGUCACUGGAAUCUUUUGAACAAUUACUAAGUGAAUGUGGGUCAGCCAUUCAACCCCCUGAUCUUCUAGUGGAGUCCAUCAUUAAAUGGGUCAGUCAUGUCCCAGAGACUAUUCCAGGACAAGAAAAUGGAACAGAUUUGCAAAGGGAGACAGACAACGCCAGUGAAGAUGAUGAAUACAUGGAUACCUACGGGAAAAGUUUUGAUUCCAAAGAAAUGGGAAAGCAAAAACCAUUAGAGGCAAUUUUCGUGAGGCAGCAUGGACAAGACGGUUUAAAACUUCCAGAAACAGACUCCGCCACCAGAAUAAAUCACGUGGGCAGACUUUUGAAAGAGGCAGACUUAGAUUUGGUGACCAAGGAAUGUCUGAAGAUGCUGUUGGACAAUGCAAUAGUCAUGGAGACCCGGAAUGCGAGGGAGUUUGUCCAUAUGGCUGUGUCCAAGCGAAUCAAUGAACCAUUCGUUGAAAAUCCACCAGGGGAUAAUGCGUACCACAAAAAGUGUCUCAUUAUGUAAUUCCCCCUCCCCCUCCUAUUUUCUGAAUGGCUCACCUUGAAAGAUCAAAGACAACUUUCUCCUGACAAUCAGUUUUUAAACUUAAAAAAAAAAGAACAUUAUUAAAAAUAUGUGUGACAUCAUUUGAAAGUUUUUCACUUUACUUGGGAAUAUUAAAAUGUAUUACCAGUAUCAUAGUGUGUGUGUGGUGUGUGCUCUUUCUGCACCCUCCAUAUGUUGCUGGCCAUUGAACAACCUAAUCUCACACCAGAUGGGACAUGCCUAACAACAAUGGUACAAUUUCCCUUUAGAUUAGAGGUUAGCUGUACAUAGGGCUUAAUGGCCCUGCUAUUUUAACAAAGAUCAUGACUGAUACACUAUCUAAAUGACUGAUAAGCUGUCUAACUAAAUGACUGAUACGAUGUCUAUCUAAAUGACUGAUAUGCUGUCCAUCUAAAUGAAUGAUAUUGAUAUGCUGUAAAAUUCUACAUUUUAUUAAAAUCAAUUUAUGUUAAUUU